CAUGAGAGCUCCAACCGCCCAUCCAAGUUCUCCACUCUCUCUCCUCACCGCCCCUGCGAAAAGACAAUUCUACCCCUCAUUCCCCGGCUUCGACACCGCCUCUCGAAAGCCCAUUCUCGUCAUUUCACUCUCUUCUUCCCCUCCCCUGCUCCCCACCUUUCACUUCCCCUCCUCACUCCACCUCUCCUCUCCUCUCCUCCGUCCAUGAUCCUCUGAUCACCGUCCGAUGGGGAGCGGCAUCGGCGAAUCUCAGCCGUCCAUCUACCCCGACCCCGCCCCCCUCCUCCUCCCCUCGUCGUCGUCCGCAACCUCCGAACCCUACCCCUCCCCCAUCUCCUUCGUCCCCUCCCCUCGCCCCUUCCGCGACCUCCCCCUCGCCUCCCUCUUCCUCCUCCUCUCCCUCUCCACCCUCUCCCUCGGCCUCUUCGCCCUCUUCCGCCGCAACCCCGACGCAACCCGCGCCGACCUCUUCUACUUCGACCCCUCCACCUCCUCCUGCGUCCUCUCCGACCCCCGCCUCUCCUCCUCCCACUUCUCGUCGUCCUCCUCCUUCGUCAAGGAUCUAACCCUAACCCUAGUCGCCACCUUCCUCCUCGCUGCCCCGAUCGCGCUCGCCCUGCUCUGGAUCCUGAGGCGAUACACUAAACAGGUGGUGUACGCCGCGGUCCCCUUCUUCGUCCUCACCCCCGCACUCCUCAACGCCUACUGGUUCGCCGCGUGCACGCUCGCUGAGGGGUGCCGCGCCGCGUUCCCCCUCGCCUACCGCGUCCUCGUCCUCGUCUUCGUCUUCGUCCUCGUCGCGAUCAUCCUCUGGAUCGUCGUCGCGAACUGGUCCCGCGUCGAGCUCACGAUCCACAUCGUGCGGGUCGCCGCCGCGGCACUCGCGGAGAACCUUGCGCUGCUCGCGGUGCUGCCGCUGCUGGGGUUGGGGCUCCUCGUGUACUUCGCCCCGAUCGUGGUGUUCCUGGUGUUCGCGACGUGGAACGGGGAGGUGGUGGCGAGGGAGAGGGAGGGGGCGAGAGGGGAGCGGCACUACGCGUGCGUGUGGAAGCAGGACGCGUGGGUGCCCGCGUACUUCGCCUUGGCCAUCAUCACGAUGGUGUGGUCCGCGGCAACGAUGGUGGAGGCGAAGGUGUACGUGAUCAGUGGGACUAUAGCGCAGUGGUACUUCGCCAAGGAGGGGACGAGGCCUACUAAGAGCUUGAGGAGUUCUUUAAGGAAUGCUUUUGGCCCCUCUUUUGGCACAAUUUGUUUCUCAGGAAUGGUUAUGGGUGCCGUACGCUUUGUACGUGCUGUUGUAGACAGUGCAAACCAAGAGAACGAAACUCGAGGAUUUGUAAACCUCGUUCUCAAGUGUUGUGCCAAUUUUUUGUUCUUGGCAUUUGACUUUGUCAACAAAUUUACUAUAAAUUUUGCUGCAAUAACGGGCGAAGCUUACUGUUCUGCUGCGAGGACGAGUUACGAUCUUCUAAAGCGGAAUCUCUUGUCUGCUGUUUUUGUUGAGACAGUCUCCACACGCGUGCUAAUUGGGAUAAUUUUUGUCCUCUCAGCAUUCUAUGCUAUUGUGGUCUGUGCAAUCCUAAAGGCUGUCAGCGCUCUGGGUGUCAAGAUGUACUUAGUCGCAGCACUUGCAUGGCUUCUUCUCAUGGUCGUGUUGGGUUACUUUGUACAUGUGUUGGAUAAUGUCGUCGACACCGUCUAUGUGUGCUACGCCAUCGAUAGGGACAAGGGCGAAGUGAACAAGCAGGAUGUGCAUGAGGUUUAUGUACAGCUCCCUCUUAGUAGGAAUCACCGGCCCCCUCUUAGCAGUAGAAGUCCAUUAAUAGUCUAAAACUAUUUGCUGCUUAUCACGGAGGUGAUUUACCAAAUAAGCGCUACCAAAUAAGCGCAGUGUUAGCCCCUCAAAAUGUCCAGUAAAUGCAUUCUCGAGCUACUAAAUUAUCAAUUUUGUAUAAUAUAUUUACAUCUGUAUUAUGCAUUUGUAGAAAAUAUGAAAUGGGGUGUGGUGGUUCUUAUCAUCUUCUUAUCUUUGUAUUUACAAGAAUAUACUGGUACCGACUUUUAACUCUAUAGAUCUUUACUCUUAAUUGAUUUUAUUUUUUAUUAUUUUGUA